GUUGUGAGGUGGUGUCCUCUCGAGGUCGAAACGGUCCGAUGACAGCUAGCAUCGGCGUUCGUUUCGAACGAGUAGCUAUGGUGUAUACGAUUCGAAUUGUUGCGCUGCGCUGAGUUGGCGUUGCCGCGUCGUGAAUAUCAGGAGCUUUACCAAGUCUUCGAUAGAUAACCUUGAUUGUAUAAACGUUUCACCAAUUUUGUACAGUAAUAUAAUUUCACUUUAAUACUUCAUCAAUAGGUAAACGAAGUGAAAUAAUCGUUAACCAGCCGUGAAAUUCAUUUGUUCGACUGUAAUACCUCGGUUGUGUUGCAUUGCUGAAUAUUAAAUAGUACGUAUGUACAAAUAUGCAAGUAUGUGCGUGUAUAUACGGUGAAAGUACGAGUUACAACGAGAACUAUGGCGGUGGUGCAUUGUAUCGUUUAGAAGUGCGCCCACGUUCGCCGUCCAAGAUCGAUAAACGGUCGAGUGUUACCUGAAACGAGCAUUCGCUUGCGCACAACGAAUGAAAUACUGAACGUUCGGAAAAGAAAACGGUGCCAAUGACGAAAGCAACGACGCAACGCUAACAAGGAUCGUGACGAAAACAUCGACAGUGACGACGACAGUACGGUUAACACGACCAUCGUCGUCGUCGACGAGUGUCAAUACCGGUGUUUAGUGUAACAUAUAAUAAUGAAAUAAUAAUACUUAUAUAUAUGUAAUAUAAAUAUAUAUAUAUAUAACAUAAUAAUGACCGGUGAUAAUGCUUGAACUAAUCGUUCCCACGAACGAGUGAAAUACCAAGGCAUGAAAACUCCGAGCUGCACGCAGAAAGGUUUUUGCUGCUUGUCGCUGCUAUGGAAUAAAGGAGAUAUCGAAUGAUUCUAAUUACACGCGCUCGUUCGCAUGUUUGUUCAUUCGUUCGUUCACUUUUUCAUUGCUACCGAUUCAGCUUUUCCUAUUACAUAAUUCGUAGUACGUCGAAUAAUUUUCGAUUGAUGAGACAAAACACCAGGAAAACAACGGUUUAAACGGAUAUAGUGCAUCGAUUUCAAUUUUACGAGUAAUUUUCACUUCUCAUUCUUCUUUUUAUUUCCUUUCCGUUUACAAUGUUGAAUAAAAUUCAAUCAAUAUUCGCUUGCAUCACAAUUACAAAUCGUGAUGAGUCGGUUAUGUGCGAUUGACCGACUGAUUUUGUUUAUCGCCUAACGCGUCGUCGAAUUAACAAAUUUACAGAAACGGAACAAUAGUCGUCUCUAGAAAAGUAUGGCGUGGCUGCUCGAUGAUACUUAAUUAAUUAAGAGGAUCGGGUUAUCAAUCGUAUUGGGUAAUCGAUUAUGCAUAGUAUUAUAUCGAAAUACAUCAGGAGUCUGGAGCUGAAACUGCAAUUGGAAUUUAACUUGAGAAGACAAAAGUAAUACUGUUGCGUCCAGGACGCGCAACAUGGUAAUUAUUGAUGGAAAAAGUCGAAAUAUAACGUUGUAACGCACACCUGUGGACGACAGAUAGAGAAAGGAAUACUGCGCGGGUAUAGACAUUGAAAAGAGAUAUAUAGUGAGCACAGAGGGGGAAGAAAGAAGCCCCAAUAAUGAAGGAGCACGGAAGCAAACUUCCGGCAGAGCAGCCUGCGAAAAUUCUCAAGUCCUUGUUAAAAAAACCUGGUCAAUCUAAAACACGAUCGCAGAAAAAUCGGGUUGUAAUCAACGAAAAAUUAAACGAGUUUUUUGCAGCUGAUUAUAUAAUAUUGAUAAAAGAAGAAUGUUGUGCCGAUUAUGAAGAAGACUGUGAUUGUUGUUGCCAGGAACAUGAAUUGAUGCGUUUGGGAAACUGUAAAGAAUGUCGAGCCGAGUUGAAUCUUCAUUUCGGUGUUUCAGAUAACAAUCGAUACCAUGAUAUAGAAAGAGAUGGAGAAAUGAUACACGAAAACACGUUCAGAGAAGAAAAUUGUACUCGCGAAGGAUUCGAAUGUGUUGAGUUACAUGUAGAAGACGAAGAUGAUGAAGAAUAUGAAAUAGAAGUGGAAGGAGAUGAAGAAGAAAUCGAAGAAGGAGAGGAAGAGGAAGAGGAGGAAUUAAUGGUAGAGGAGGCAAUUAAAGAUGACAUAAUAAGAAGAAAGGAGCAUGUAGUACAAAAAGGAAUCCAAGUGCCAAAGACCAUAGCGGAAACGGAGGAGAGAAGAUCGAAUGUAGGGGAAGAAGUAGUGAGAGAAGUAAGAAACUCAGCGGAUCUACGAGACAAAAGCAAAAGUCGCGAAAAAGUUAAUGGAGCAAAGAAUGUCGAGAGUUACAGACGAAUUCUGACUGAAUUUGUUUCGCCGCCAUUGACGAUCGCAUCGUCUACGUUGUCUUCACCGUCACCACCUCCACCGCCGCCACUACCACCGCCGCCACCACCACCACCUCCACCACCACCACCACCGCCAGCACCAUCACAACCAUUGAUAGAAAGAUCAUCGCCACCGUUACUUGCAAGUCAAGAUCAUCAACAAGAAACAUUAAGUCCACCCGAAGGUUACAAAGAUGUUUAUUCUAAUGGAGAAUUGUCUAACGUAGCAGAAUGUUGCUUACGAUCAUCAUUAAAUUAUCUUCACUGUCAACGAACGGCAGGUGCAGAGGUCGAAGGAGAAUCCAGAUGCAACCACGAGGUAAUGGAUAGUAAUAACGGGCAUGUACAGAAAACGGACGAGAAUCUACCAAAAGCAACUACUAGUGAAUCUCGCCAUCGGUAUCUCGUGGAAACCAUAACUAUGACAACUGUCACCGAAAGACGUAUUGUACGCGAAAUUAGCGAGGAAGAAGAUAUCGACUUGCAACAUGGAAAGAAAACCAGCCAAAAGAACGUUUCUGAAAAGAAUGUUGCUUCCCAUGACACAGAAAUAGCAGUUAAUCGGACGACGAAUGAUCAUACUACAACCGAUGAGAACGAUUCGAUCGAAUGUAUCGUACGUAACGAAGAAAUUUGUUGUCGCAAUGCUAACGAUGAUCAUGAUACGCAGCCAAAUUUACCUAACAAAAUAAGCGAUACGGAAGAACAGGACAACGAAAAUCGACUUGCCGUAAACCAAACACCAUCGGAUAUAAAAGAGCUCUCCCUUAUAUUUAAACUGGGUAGUUCUUCUUUAACGGGCAACAGUCUUAAACCAAAUUCUGCGGUUAGACAGUUAUUUCCUAACCCGAGAUUCGUUUCGCCGCCUCCGGCUCCUCUUGGUAAAUUGAUUUCUUCGGCGAAUACUCUUGACGAGUCACAGGAUAGCCCGACAUUUCUCGUUACCGCGGAGAACUUACGUUUUCUCGAUGUCGCAAAGAGAUCAAAAAUUGGCGAAAAUCAGACCGGUUCUCUUAAUAACGACUCAAUGAAUCCAAUUAAGAGAACGAUCGAGAGGAAUACUCUUCGAAGAAGUCUUCUCGAUAAAUAUCGCACGAGUUCUCGAAAGAAAGUUCUUCCUUCGAAAAACUUGUCGCUAGAGGAACGAAUACGUCAACUUACUUGCGUGGACCAAGAGGAAGACAAUGUUUGUGAAAAUUCAACCAAGGGUGUUACAGAUUUGUUCACAAGUACGGAAAUCGAUACCGAAUUACCAAUACAUGAUCCGUCAUUGAGACACGAUGCCGACAUGUCGUCGAUGGCAGCAGAGUUACCAACAACACUACAUGUCGCUACAAAACUCACCGCAUUCUCCGAUGCAGCACUCACGACGACCAUCGCCACCAACACUGCCGCUACGAUAACAACUACGGCAAUGGCAACGACGAUACUUACGUCGUCGAGCUUGUCGUCAGUGAUAACCACGGCAAUGGCAACCACAACUAUGACCACAAUGGUUACAGGCUCCAAUUAUUAUAAGCAAAAUCCUUCCACUACCAGUACUGCAACUGCCGAUGGCAUACAUCAGUCGACAUAUAAGAAAUUGACCGAUUUGUUUGUACACAAAAAAAGCAUUCAUUCUAACUUGCCAGAUCUUGGUCUUGGAAGCAACGGAAAAAACAAUAACGUCAAAGACGGUCAACAAUCGAAAAACUCCUUAAAAACGAAUAAUUCGGAUGGUCGUAGACAAUUCCUAGCUAGUCUGGCACCAUUGUCCUGUGUAACUGUUAAUAAUACGGAUACUCAAGAAGAUUAUUAUCGGUAUAAUUCUAGAAUAAUGGUGAACGAAAAUCGUGCUUCGACUGUAGGCUACAACGCGUUUCCGCCUUACAGUUUAGAAGAUAUCGAAGCGGCGCUGUGUGAAGAUGGUCGAAAUUACGUAGGUCCACCGGACGUUACCAAAGGCACACCGACGAGUAUCAACAACAGACCCGAUAUAGGAGAUAGUACAACCGAUGAAUUGCUAGCAUUUGUAGAACAAGACAAAUUCAGAACCGAAAGAAUAAAGCGACGUUACAACGAAGUCGAAAAUCAAUAUCAGCCGGUAAUGAAUGUCACUAACACUAACAAUAGUUACAACGUUGAGGAUAAAAUUGAUAGAAUCGUUGAUGGAAAGAACGAGGGUAAUGAUAAUCGACACCAACUUUGUUUUCCAUCCAAUGAGAAUGUCAAUCAUGAACGUGGUGGUGGUGUUGGUGGUAAUGGUGGUAGUGAUGGUAGUGCUGGUGGUAAUAGUGGUAGCAGCGGUGGUGGUGGUGGUAGUAGUGGUGGUGGUGGUGGCGGUAGCAGUAGUGAGAUAGAACGCAUAGUUAGUCGCUGUUACAAUAACAACAAUAAUAACAGCAACAACAACAGCGGUAACGGCAGUAAUGACGGUGGAAAUAAAGACAUUGGUAAUAUUGACAAUGACGAUGACGAAUUAAACGAUUACGGAUUUAAUCGUAGACCAUCUGUAACCGGUAUUAAACGACAACAGCAAGAUAACAUGGAUGAAAAUGUUUCGUUUCAUCAACGGACAAUUCUGGAAAAUGAUAACACAAAUGUUCUCAAAACGAAUUUUCAUUCCUCGUUACCGACGUAUUACGAGAACAAUUGCGUUAAAGUUGAUAGUCGGAUUGCCUUGUAUGAUGAAAUGAUCGACGUUUCUACACCGAACUCGUUCGUUAGUACUUUGAUUGCUGACGAACAAGACGCGAACACGAUUAACAGAAUAAAUACGAUGCAGAAACAAAUUGACGAUAUCUAUCAGACUAUUGUAGAGAAUACCAACGUGACUGGCCAAAAUUCGUUAGAACGUGAGCCCUACACGGACGACCUGUUCACGCGACAACAUUCUCGAUUACCGGCAAACGAUAGUACCUUUCGUUUUUACCAAGAUCCAAGGAGUAACGAUCAACAGUAUUUUCAAGAACAAUUAAAUGUUGCGAAUAUGCACAGUACGCGAGGUAUCGCAAUCGGAGCCGAACAGACUGAUAUAAACAACAUCGCUCCCGUUGGUAUUGGUAGAAGUUGUACGAGCGGCGGUCCUUCCAUAAAAACUCGACGAAGGGAACCUAUUGCAACGACUCCUACCAAUUAUCGAUGCAACAUAGUGCCUACCACCGUAUAUGCCGGUCUUCCUGCUAAUGGCAAGUGUUACCGUACCAUGUAUUUCGUUCCGUACAACGGAUUAUCCGAUCCAACUUACCAGAAUAUCCAACGAAUCUUGCCAUCGCAUCCUUCUCCUAGUUACGCGAAUCACAUCGAGAGGUAUCCGUAUCCUCGAACUAAUAAGAACGAUCAUCGAUUGCAAACGCAAAUACAAACGCAACCACAACCGCAACCACCACUAGCGCCACAACAAUUUAGAUAUUUCCAUUUAGGGAAUCGUUCGGUAUCGCCGAUAUCGAAUCUUACUCAAAACCUUGAUCAAGCUUCGCCACUUUCCUCCGGUUCGGUCAGUCAUCCUAUACCUCCUGGUUCCUCUCCUCUUUUUGAUUCUCGGUUCACAUCAAUCUCGUCCACUAAUCCAAUCGCGUUACAGCCUACCCAACAAACCUUGCACCUUCAUUUGCAUCAUCAUCAGCAACCAGAUGACUUUCGAAUUUCCGGUGUCACUUUUUCCUCGGUUCCUCAUACCGCGAAUCAUUCGUUACAAAUUCAUCAUCACGCACAACAUCAGCAUCAUCCCUAUCAUCGACACAAUCAUCAACCUACUUUUUAUUGUUUACCAUCCACUAUAUCCGCCUCAUCCGCAGCAUCUUCCUCCUCGUCCUCUUAUACUGUAAUAGCGCCAUCGAGAUGCGCUGCGUUCAAUGGUAGCGGAAUAGCAACCACCGAAGGAUCUUAUCGAUUCUACCAAUUGCAUUUGGGACAUACAGUUCUCACACCUUCGUCCGAUCUUCAAUCGGCUCAAACAAUUUUGUCCUCAUCCGCUUCUAUCUCGAUACCUUCUAAUUCUACCUCGUUCUCUCCUUCAUUGCCACAACCGUCUUCGUGCUCGUCAUCCUCUUCUCUACCAACUGUUACACCCGUAACACCUCUACAGACCUCGAAUUUUACUCUUCCGAAUCACAUUUCCGAUACUCUAAAUUGCAGCAGUGCCAACUUCGACGCCGUAUGUCGCGCAGGAACCAUUCAGUCCAUUUCUAACAAUGUUGUAACUUCAACACCGUCCACAGUUACCGUUUUCUCAUCCUCGACUUCCUGCGCCUUGUCCUCCUCGUUGUUGUCGUCGUCAUCGUCUUCAUCGUCCCCGGCAUCUGCCUCGUCUUCUUCUGCUUCGUCCUCCUCUUCCUCCUCCUCCUCCUCUUCAUCUUGUUCCUUCUCUUCCUCUUCAUCCUCCUCUUCGUCGUCUUGUUCUUCGUCAUCAUCCUUACAAAUCCCUUGUUCGCCUUCAAAAUUACACCAACAGCAGAUAAUUGGCAACUACACAACAAUGGAACGCGGAGUUCCCGAAGGAGCAGCCAGCGCACCAUCCCACGACGUUACGCAAUCUGGAAUUCUACUUACAACAAAUUCUUAUGUUGCGCAUAAUUCAAAUGGUGUCCAGGCUCUACCAACACAUGCGCAAAAUUCAAUAUACUAUGCCAUGAAUGUUUAAAUCUAUCUACUGUGAAAAGUCUGCACGUGUCUGAAUAUCCUACACGCACACGCAGCAGCAGGACAUAAACCAAUCGUUAUAUUUAAUACACAGCCACAUCUUUGUGAAUAUUUUCGCGAGAUUUUCCCAAAAUGAUGAACGAAUUUUCAAAUUCGUGUUUGAAAUACGCGUUUCAAUACCAAAACAUAGGUGUUCAUCUUCCUUGAAUAAUUUUUGAUCGACUUAUUAUGCAUCUAUUAUCAAAAAUAUUCACGUAGGACGAUAAGGUACGCAAGUGAAGACGAACUGCCCUUUCUCGCCACAUUUGCAACUGAAUCGAAAUCGAAUCUAAUGCGACCUAUAGCAGGAACAAGAAAUAAAAAGAUCAACUCAGGGCCUCUGUAAUUUCGAAAGAUAAAUUAUGUUUUAUCGCUUCUCACGAGGCAAAAUUGUACGUACGUUGUAAUCGAUUCUAGUCACGGCGAAAUACUUACAGGGAUAUCGAUAAACAUAAACCAAAGGGAAGGACGUUUACGGCGUCUAUGAUGUAUACUACAUGUAAGUAUAGCUGACGCUAAUUAUUUUCAACAAAUUGAAUUCAAUUUUUGCGGUGGAAUUGAUAAAUUAAUUAGAAAUUUUACAAUAAAGAAGAAAAGGUGCGAAACAUGCAAAUAGAAAAACGCCACAGUUAGUACACUUGAGCUAACUUGAUAUUUAACGUGCUACGUUGUUUCAUCAUUAUUUCUUUUAAAUACAUAUCGGUAUUUUAGACUGAUCAAAAUAAAAUCAUAACAGUAAAAACGACGAUGAAAUUUAUAAAUGAUCGAAUGCAUUUGACUUUCUAUUGUUAAACAUCGGUUUUCAUAAAUUACGUUUGUAUCGUAUUCGUUACUCCGUUUCUUUCGACCUAGUGUUUUGAUCCGUUUUAUAUUUACGAAA